UGUACUCUCUCUUUCUCUCUCUCUCUUCUCUUCAGCGCGGUUCAAUUUUCCUGCUUAUACCUAUCGAGUUUCUUGUAGAUCAUUAUUAUUGUCUUUCUCCUGUGCUUAUUCCUCACAUUUCGUUCGCGGUUCAAGUUUCUCCCAUCACAUAUCCUUCAUUUCCCUCCCUCAGUGGAUAGUUACUGGUUUUUGGGCAGUGGCUCUCUGCUGCAGAUCUCCUGCAAUCAAAGGUCUUGAUCCACUCCUUGGUAUGUACGUUUUUUCCCCCUACCUAUCCGGAAUCUGUUGUGCAUCAAUUUAUGCAUGGCAAAUAUCCAAGUCCUGGGACCCUUCUGCACAACCGAAGUUUCAUGAUCCCGACGUUCAGAAACUCGUUGGCCGAGCCGUGAGGUGCAGAAGGCUGGUUUGUUGUGCCUGAGAAGUGAGGUUUGCUCCUUGCUUACAGCUCUAACUAUACCUGCGUUUCCACUUCUGGUAUUUCUACUCUUAUUGUGUGAUCACUCUUUCUACUUCAUUCAUCCUUUUUUCAUGGAUCCCCUUUUACGGUCAUUCCCGUAGCUCCCAACAUUCCAACAAAUACCCACAAUGCCGAGCAUGGCCCGAUUCGGUCGGGCCAAGAAAACGCCAAAAGCAGUAGCCAACAAUGCUAACUCGGACAUGCUUGUAUCACCGACGUCAGAUCCUCCGCGACGGUCCCCUCGUGUUAGUCUACCACAUGUGGAAACGCAACUGAAUAUGCAUCAAUACAGUGGUCUUUUUGAUCUCGACGCCCCGGAACGUCUGAAGGCCGUGGAGUCGUCUGCAGAGUCGAUUACCUCGCAUUCCUCGAACGCCCGAACAAAUGGGUCAACACUUACGAACAGUGACUCAAUGACAACUGAAUGGUCUUCGGCAGUCGGUCACGCAGCCACGGGCAAGUCUGGUCGUGUCAUACAUAAUCUACAGGAGGAUAUUGCCCGCUUGACGCGAGAGUGCAGUGUUUAUCGUUCCCGGGCGGAAGAAACACAGCGCAUGAACGAUGCCUUCAAGACUCAGGUACAAAACAUGACGGAACGUCUCCGGAACCUGGAGCAGGCACACGAGACGAACCUGCAUUCGAUCUCUCGCAAAGAUAAGAAAAUCGAGGAGUUACGCGCAGAGGUGCAGAGCGAAAAGGAUAGACGACUGCGAGCAGAGACGGACACGAAAAAAUUCCAUCAACUGAUGGAUGAAAGCCGUGAUGAUUUCAAUCGGAAAUGCGCGGAGUUGCAGGAGAUCGCCAACCAUGCUCGGACCCAGUAUGACGUGCUUGCUAAAGCUGGGCAACGUGAGCGGGCAGAUCAACAAAGGAGGGUGAAGGCGAUUCGCGAUGAGAUCGAUGCUCUAAAAACACGACAAGAAGAAAAGAGUCUGCACCUUGAGCGCUUGGAUGCUGUGAUGGCCCAGAAAAAUCGUGAGAUUGAGAUUGGCCGAGAAAAUUUUGACAAGCUCUUUGAGGUGUACGAGUCCUAUAAAAAAGCCCAUGACGAAGAGGUCCACACACUCGUUGAGAGGGGUCGCCAGGGUGAUGCCAAUUUGAACGCAGCUUUGGCUUCUCUGAAGGAAACUGAAGAUCGGAUGAAAUGGGCAAUCCAGGUCAAGAACGAGGUCAAAGAUGCCCAUUAAAACUGGACCUAUAAAGUUCGUGGCGCGUCCACGGUGGCCUUUUCUUUUCUUUAACAGGCAGCUAGCGCUGGUCGUGAAAGCCUAGGUGGAUUAGCAGUUUUCUUUCUUAUGCUGAGGACACACCUAUCGCAACCUGUCUCCCUCCCUAAUGGACCGGGUGGUCUCGAACUUUGGGUGUAAGCCCCAGGUUGCUCUUCUCUUUGACCUGUUUAUAACCCCCCUUUCAUAAUCUGAAAGCAUUUCAUUCCACUUCCCGGCGAAUCUGUCCGGGCUCAAUCGCUGUUAUCUGGAGUUUGGGAUUGUUUGAUACCCUGGGGGAAAUCCACUGUCAUAUCACCUUGCUUGUUAGAUUGCAUUUACAGUACAGUGAUGCCCACAAUGACUAGACUGAUAGAUAUAUUUUCAACAUGCACAUACAGGAAACUACUGUGAAUUCACGUAUUGGACAGACACGUGAUGUCCUUCUUUGUAUUCAGCUGUCUUUGGUCAAGGUUCCGACAUUACCUGCCCCUUCCUUAGGUUGCCUAGCGGCUUACUAUUAGAAUUCUUCUAUUUCUUUCUCCUCAGCCGUGAGUAUUGAUCAACUGCCUGUACCCCACAGCAAUAUUCAAUUUGCGUUUGC